GGAAGAAAACACCCUAUGGAAUCGCGCGCGGGGACGCUUGUUUUCCUGUUUUCAGCGCUCAACAUCAUGGCGACUGUUCUCUUCCUUUUCCUGAGCUUCCUCACUGUCUCGGUGCUGGAAUCUGCUACCGAUAAAGACUUCCAACCCAAGUGUCCUCAUCUCACUGGCUGUGUGUCCACCAACAUGGAGACUUUCUACUGCAGAUGGGAUGUCUGUGCCGUGCAGAACCACUCAAAACCAGAAGAUGUGCAUCUGUUCUAUAUUAGCAAGACACCUCCGCAUGCAUCUCCUAAAGAGUGGAGUGAGUGUCCUCAUUACAGCACCGAGACCCCGAAUGAGUGCUUCUUCAAUGAAAAUCACACAUCCGUGUGGGUAUAUUAUAGCGUUCAACUCCGCUCAAGGGAUCAAACCGUCCUCUAUGAUGAGAAACACUUCUAUGUCCAGGACAUUGUGCAACCUGAUCCACCAGUCAGCCUAAACUGGACAAUACUGAAUGUGAGUCUGACUGGUAACUUCUAUGAUAUAAUACUCAAUUGGAAGCCGCCUCCGUCUGCGGACGUGGCGACGGGAUGGAUGAUAUUGCAGUAUGAGGUCCAAUACCGCAAAGAGGAUUCAGACACCUGGGAAAUGGCUGAACUUGUGAAAAGCACACAUCGCUCCUUGUAUGGGCUCCAAAGUAAUAUAAAUUACGAAGUUCGAGUCCGCUGUAAAAGUAACGGUGGGAAGAAUUUUGGAGAGUUCAGUGACUCGACAUUCGUCCAUGUUGCAGCUGAAGCAUCACAAGUCCCUUUGGUGGCUUUACUGAUCUUCGGCACCUUGUGCUUAGUGGCCAUCCUGAUGGUAGUGGUUGUUUCAAAGCAGGAAAAGUUGAUGGUAAUUCUUCUACCACCUGUCCCUGGACCUAAAAUAAGAGGAAUUGACUCUGAGCUACUCAAGAAAGGAAAGCUGAAAGAGUUGACGUCCAUCUUGGGUUCCCCACCUGAUCUGAGACCAGAACUGUAUACCAACGACCCAUGGGUGGAGUUCAUCGACCUGGAUAUUGAGGAACAUAACGACAGGCUGACAAACCUGGACACGGACUGCCUCAUGGAUCGCUCCUUGUUCUCCAACUGUUCACAUCUUUCUAUCGGUUUCCGGGACAACGACUCGGGUCAUGCCAGCUGCUGUGAUCCGGAUCUCCCCAGUGACGCGGAAGCAUCACAUUCCCAUCCUCUCAUCCCGAACCCAGUCCGCAAUAAGGAACAGGCUGCUGCGAGACCCAGCUCUGCAAACCAAAGCACCACAGCGGGAGAGCCUCCUUUAGCAGCCCCUGUCAGAGAGGCGUUGUAUACACAGGUGAGUGAGGUGAAGGCAUCUGGCAAGGUUCUACUGUCCCCUGAGGGUAAUGUGGAGAAAGACACAGUCAAAGACACCAAAGAAAACAAGGAGGACCAGAAGGAGUUAAAGCUCCUGGUAACUACUGACGGCAGUGGUUACACCUCAGAGAUCAGUGCGAGGAACAUGAGCCCAUCCUUGCCUGCGAUGAGUUCUGUCCCAUGUUCAUCAUCAGUGGACUACCACAAGCCUUGCCAGGAAUCAGUUCCCAAUGCCGCACCCUCUCUCCCCCAUGCGCCAGUUUAUACAGUAGUAGAAGAUGUUAGCGGGCAAAACAGCCUGGUGCUGACACCAAAUUCAAUACCAAUCCAAAAGACCAUGCCCACACCGGACAGCUACCUGACCCUUGACCUUUUGGGAAGUAUUGCACCGUAGUGAUCUGUUUAAAGUUCAGUCGACAGCAGAGACAGAUUUCUAAAACAGUCUUUAUGAUUAAUGAGUGCCUCAGUGUUGAAUGUCAGCUCACCUAAAAUAGCAGCUUAUGCUUGUCCUGCCAACACCUCCACAUCCUCCAACCUGACGCUACCCUUAGUGGGGAAACAUGUGUAUUACUUCAGGAACAAGAAGGGAAUUUAUAUUUAGGUCUGAUGACAGAUUGAGUCUUAUCCCGCAGACUACGAGCUUUUUUUUUUUUUAUAUCAUUUUUCAGUCAGAUUUAUUCCUGUCUUUGUAUAAAAAUCAAAUUAUUUGCAAAAAUAUGAUUUUUUUUACAAAAAUAUAAUUUUUCUUCAGAUUUUUACCACAUUAUAUAUAUAAAAAAUACACAAUAAUGCAUAUUUUUAGAUUUAUUCCAGUCUUUGUACAGCAGCAGUCAUGAAAAAAGAGCUAUUUUUUAAUGCAUGCAGUCAUUCGAAAUGUAAGCCUUUUUUUUUA